AUGACCAUGAACGUAAAAUUAUUGGAAUGGUGCAGAAAUUUUAAGAGAUUUCGAGCAUACUAUUUGACAACGAUUAAAUCAUUAUGGUUUCAAGACAGAAUAGAAAAUUUAACCACUCCUGUAGCCAGCGUUAAUGACAUCGAAUCAUUGGAAUUAGAAGAUGUAGCUGAUUACGCAACAGAGACUACGAAUGGCUACCCCAAUCAACGAAAUAGUCAUGAUCCUGAUUCAAUUUAUGGACAGCUAGCUGACUAUCGGCAAAGCUCCAUCUAUGAAGAUUGGCCUGAAGGAAGGGCUAAAUGGCGUAAAAAAUCCGAAGCGAAGCGAAAUCGAAUCGUGGAUAUGAUGCCAAGUCGUAAAAUGGGAACCACUACACGGGAUAGUUUAGAUCAAUGGCGGCGUAGAUCGAUCCAAGCUCAGACUUUAAGUCGUCGGCAUUCACGGCCUUCAGAAGAUAUUCGUGAUCAUGCUGCUUCCGAUUUUAUUGCUCAAUUUCCUUCUACUCUCCAUUCUAAAAAUUCUCGAAAAGUCAAUAAAGAAAUUCGAUCUUUACCGACGAAUUUGCGCAGUAAAAAAGCUGAAAGGUCUGUCGAUCGCAACAACAUUUUGACCUUAGUCAUGAAUACUUUAUAUCGCACGUAUCAAGUUGCUAAAAUGUUCAAUUUACCGGUACUAGAAUUAAAUUUAGAGAAAAGCAGAACUUUGAAAAGCCAGGAAUAUUAA